GCCCAGCGCUCUCGGAACUCCAUUCCCCGCCGGCCUCCGCGGUCAGGCUGUGGCCCCUUCCUGCUCCGGCUACGGGAAACCGGGCUGCCCCGAGUUCCGAGGCCUUGGGAAGGUUCCCCCCUUCCCUCCCCCCUGAGCUCUGGAGGCUGAGGACUGGCCUGCUCAGCAUCCUCCCCAGGAGUGGACUUCUCCAAAUCUGAGAUGCUGAUUCAUCGCAAGAAGCCACUUUCCCUGCUCAUCCAUAGUCCCCAAGCGGCACUCCUCCUCUGUCAGAGUUCUGUGCGAGAUUGCAGCGCUCAGGCCCCUGGUCAGGCUCCACUCCGGUUCUCCUUCUCUUGGGGUUUCCACCACAUCUGCAGUCACUUCCUCAUCAGGACUGACCGCUGCAUUGCUCGGAGCCGGAGGAAAUGGCGGAUCUGGACAGUGAUUCCAGGCAGCUUCUCAUCCCUGAGGCGGACCAUGAAGUUCAUCCUGGGCCCAUGAAUAUCCAGUUUGAGUCAUCAGAUCUAAGAUCCAACAGGCCUUUCCACGUGGAGCCCACCAACAUCGUCGGCGCGAGCGACGUGGUGCAGAGGGUCAGCGACCGCGCCUCGGCCAUGAGCAAGCGGAUCCACUACUACGGCCGGCUCGCGGCUCCCGCAGACCAGGCGCUGGUUGCCCCAGACCACGUGGUCCCGGCGCCGGAGGAGCGCUACGUGUACAGCCCGCUGGGCUCCGCCUACAAACUCCAGAGCUGCUCCGAGGGGUCCGGGAAGAACAGCAGCCUCGUGACCAUCUUCAUGAUCUGGAAUACCAUGAUGGGGACCUCGAUACUCAGUAUUCCUUGGGGCAUCAAGCAGGCGGGAUUCACGACCGGGGUGUGCGUCAUCCUGCUGAUGGGCCUGCUGACCCUUUACUGCUGCUACCGGGUGGUGAGGUCACGAGCCACGAUACCAUCGGUGGACACCUCGGCCUGGGAGUUCCCUGACGUCUGCAGGCACUACUUCGGCGCCUUCGGGCAGUGGUCGAGCCUCCUGUUCUCCCUGGUGUCGCUCGUCGGAGCCAUGGUCGUGUACUGGGUGCUCAUGUCUAACUUCCUGUUUAAUACCGGGAAGUUCGUGUUCAAUUUUAUUCAUCACGUUAACGACACAGAUGCUGCACUGAGGACCAACGACAGCAACCCUGUGACCUGUCCGAGCGCAGGCAGCGGCCGUCCCGACAACGGCUCUGCCGUCCUCUCCGCCAACGCCACGGGCCGGCAGCAGUUCGAGGAGUGGUGGGACAAGUCCCGGACGGUGCCCUUCUACCUCGUGGGGCCGCUCCUGCCGCUGCUCAGCUUCCGGUCGCCGUCCUUCUUCUCCAGGUUCAACGUCCUAGGUGCGCUGAGGCACGGUGUCCGUCGUCUACUUGACCUUCCUCGUCACCUUGAAGGCUGCUCGCUCGGGAUUUCACCUGGAGUUUCACUGGUUUACGCCAACAGAGUUUUUUGUGCCAGAGAUAGGAGCUCGGUUCCCGCAGCUGACGGGCGUGCUGACCCUGGCUUUCUUUAUCCACAACUGUGUUAUCACACUCCUCAAGAGCAACAAGAACCAGGAAAACAACGUGAGGGACCUGGCCAUCGCCUACCUGCUGGUCACGCUCACCUACCUGUACAUCGGGGUGCUGGUCUUCGCCGCCUUCCCUUCGCCGCCGCUGUCCAAGGACUGCAUCGAGCAGAACUUCUUGGACAACUUCCCGAGCGGCGACGUCCUGUCCUCCGUGGCGCGCGUGUUCCUGCUGUUCCAGAUGGUGACCGUGUACCCGCUCCUGGGCUACCUGGCCCGGGUCCAGCUGCUGGGCCACGUGUUCGGGGACCCGUACCCCAGCGUUUUCCACGUGCUGGUCCUGAACCUGAUUAUUGUGGGAGCUGGCGUGAGCAUGGCCUGUCUGUACCCCAACAUAGGAGGGAUCAUCAGGUACUCGGGAGCAGCCUGCGGCCUGGCCUUCGUGUUCGUCUACCCGUCCCUCAUCCACAUCCUCUCCCUCCGCCACGAGGACCGCCUGACGUGGCCCACGCUGGUCUUCCACGUCCUCAUCAUCGUCCUGGGCCUGGCCAACCUGGUGGCUCAGUUCUUCAUGUGACGCCCCGUCGCGCCAGGCCUCGCCCUGUGCGCUAGUCUACGCCGCGGCUCUGAACGUUCUGCCGAGAAAACCUGGAAACAAGAGCGACAGCCGCCCAUUCACUCCUGAGCCGCAUGGCUCGUGCGGGGAAGGGGCCGUAAGAACCGUCUUUGUCUCCACCUGCCUCCUGUCCCUCGCCUCCUUCCUCACCGUGUCCUGAGUGGAAGGUGUGCCCUUAGGAAGAGUCACGCUGUGUUUUGCUUUUAGCCAUGAGGUAGGCGGUGCAUUUGGCGACAAUGAAGACUCAGGGUGUCCCCGCCGGGAUUCCGUUCCAGGCUCACUGCACUCCCUUCCGUUCUGUCACGCGCCAGACCAUGGUUGCAGUUUGCCUAAACCUUUACCGUUGGGGACAGUAAACCAAAUACCUCAUUUUCUAAAGAGAAAUCUCCAUGACAUCAGUGUAAAUAGACUGAAUUUUUAACCAUGAAAGAAAGGAAGAAAAAGAGAAGGUCGCUAGAGGCCCCAUGGCCAUGAGCUUUAUACAGAAUAAAUGCACUCAUGGCGUUG